AUGGCAAUAAACACAAGGAAUAAGGCUGCAAAUUGAAACCCUGGACACCUCCAGCUACAGUCAGAAGUGCUGGUGUCUCCUUGAGGGAUUUUACUGACUUGUGUGAGACAUUUGAUCAACGGGCGUUUGAUGGCGUCGAGGGCGCAGUUGGAAGACUAGGUAUUCCCUGAGGCUUACUUGACUCCUACAUUUAGUGGAAAUGCCACGGUAACCACCUGCAGAUGUUUGGAGAGCGCAGCUUGACUCAUUAUCUACAAUGAACAUUGCUCUUCUCACACUACACCGCUUAACCUUUGCUCCUUUGGCUGGCCCACGUUAAUGCUUAAUCUAAGUACUGACCCGUAAUUGCUGAGGCCGAGCCCUGUUUAUGGGAGAGAUACAUCAAUGUGUGCAGAUCAGUCUGGACAGACCAGAGGUAGACAGCUCCGAGACUCCAGCGGACAAGCAAGGGGACCUUGAGGACUGACCGAAGGAAGCAACCACAAUGGCGAUGACGUCCGCCACAUCCAAGGUCUUGGCUUCUUGCUUUGCCGUCCUGGCAGUCUCCGUCAUCGCCGGCACCAUCACCAUGGGCGUCGUGUACCAUUUUGAAAUGCUAGAAAUAAACCCAACACGCCGACCAGAUACCAGUUCCACCGUGCCCCCGAUACCGACCUUGAGGCUCCCGAAGACCCUAGUACCCGAUACGUACACCCUCGUCCUCCAGCCUCACCUCUACACCAGAAUCGUCGAGGAGGUGAACGUCACCACCCCCAAUCAGACGCUGCUCUUCACUGGGAACUCCACGGUCAGCUUUCAAUGUGUCAAGGAAACACGGGCAAUCUACCUUCACAGCAAAGACCUGAAAAUCCAUUCCAGGCGUGUGUACAAUAACACAAAAGAAGACACAGAAGAAGACAUUCGUAUUAGCUCCUGGAAAGUUCACGAAGACGAAAGUGACUUUUUAGAAAUCCAGUUGAGUGAGCCUUUGAAGGCAGGGGGGAACUAUUCUCUGUUUCUGGAGUUCAGUGGAGCAAUAUCAGAUACCCUUGAAGCACUGUUUGUGAGCACAUAUGUUGAACAGGACACUAAUGAAGAGAGAUUCCUCGCAGCCACGCAGCUGGAGCCAACAUAUGCGAGGAGAUUGUUUCCUUGUUUCGAUGAGCCAGAUAUGAAGGCUGUGUUUGACCUGACAGUCAUCCACAGACUAAAUACAGAAGCUCUUAGCAAUACAAAAGGGCAAGUUACCACUAUAGAUGACGAAUGGCAAGAAACCACUUUUCUCCCAACACCGAAAAUGUCAACGUACUUGUUGGCUUUCGUGGUAUCACAAGUUGACGAGUUAACACAUGUCCCACAACCAGAACAUCGUGUGGAUAUACGAACGUAUGCACGUCGUGAGGCCAUUGAAGCGGGCCACACUAAGUAUGCUGAUGACAUCACCAAAGAUAUCCUCACUUUCUAUGAGGAGUAUUUCGGAAUCGACUAUAAACUGAACAAGCUCUAUCAAGUUGCACUGCCAGACUUGAGUGUCUCAGCAAUGGAAAACUGGGGACUUAUCACAUACCAGGAAGGUAUUUUGCUCUACGAGGAAGGAGUAUCAUCAUGGAUGCACCAGGAAGAUAUGGCCGUUGUCAUAGCACAUGAACUGGCACACCAGUGGUUUGGAAAUCUGGUGACGAUGAAAUGGUGGAGUGACAUUUGGCUGAACGAGGGCUUUGCCACCUACAUGUCAUACCUUGCAGUGGAUAAUGUUAACACUUCGUUCCAAACAAGACACACAGCCAUAAUGGACGACCUCCACGCUGCGUUUGAAAGUGAUGCUCUGAUCUCGUCUCAUCCUCUCAGCAUGCCACCGGAAGAGGUCCAGACAACUUCCCAGAUCAUUGGGACGUUUGAUCAUAUAAGCUACGCCAAGGGGGCACUGGUGCUGAGAAUGCUGGCCGACGUUGUGACAGAAGAUGUUUUCAAAAAAGGGAUCAGGAAUUACCUCGAGACCUUCCAGGGAGGAAACACGGACACGGACGACCUGUGGGACUCGAUCCAAGAGGUGCGCCGUGACAGUUACAUCACUGACACUCGUGCGCUGAUGAAACCUUGGACUGAACAGACGGGCUAUCCCGUCAUCACCAUCAACACCACCGAUGGAAAUGUGUUCCAGAACCAUUUUCUCUACAAUGUCUCUGCCCAAUCCAGUAACUUGUGGAACGUCCCGAUCAAGGUCAUGUCGAACAAAUCUUACUCUGACCGUCUUGUCUGGCUGGACGUCAAGGGCCCAGUCGGAAAGCCGCAUUUCAUAUCUAGGGACGGUGAGUGGAUCCUGGCAAACGUCAACUGUACUGGAUACUACAGAGUCAACUACAACCCAGAGAACUGGCAGCGUCUCCUGCAUCAGCUGGAGACGAACCCAAACCGGAUCCCACUGAUGAACAGAGGACAGCUCAUUGAUGAUGCCUUUAACUUGGCAAGGGCCAAACUGGUCAACGUGACUCUGGCUCUGAAUUCAACCCGUUUCCUCAAGAAAGAGAGGGAUCUCCUGCCCUGGCAGUCGGCAGUCAGGAAUCUUGACUACUUCAUCCAAAUGUUUGAACGCUCUGAGGUGUACGGACCAAUGCAGGUGUACUUACGGGAACAGGUCAAAAAUCUCUACGGCUUCUUCAGGAAUUUAACAGACUCGUCAGAAGUCCCAGAUGAUCAUGAUCAUUUAUUAAAGCACCUCCAGAUCACCGCCGUAGAAGUGGCCUGCUCCAACGGGCUGCCUGAAUGCAUCAAGAUGGCUGAAGAGAAGUUUGCUGACUGGAUGAACAGCAACAGCAGCACCAACAACAUCCACCCCAACCUGCGGUCUGUCAUCUACUGCCAAGCUGUGGCUGCUGGUGGGAAAAAAGAGUGGGAAUUCGCGUGGGAGAAGUAUCAGAACACCACCGACACUUCAGAGAAGGACCAGCUCCGACAAGCUCUGUCCUGCACCAAGAAGACGUGGUUGCUCAACAGAUACCUGGGAUACACUUUGGACCCUGAGAAGAUACGCCUGAUGGAUGUUGCUGCCACAGUUAUUUACGUAGCUGAGAACGCAGCCGGCCAGGCGCUCGCCUGGAACUUUAUCAGAGCAAACUGGGACUACGUCAGUCAGGGGGACGGAGCGGUUCUGAUUGGGGAAGUGAGCAGCAAGUUCAACACACAGUUUGAACUGGAGCAGCUGGAGCGGUUUGUGGAGGAUUACAAGUUGGACGAGGCCCACAGGGCGCUCCAGUCCAUUGAACAGACUCGAGUCAACAUCCAGUGGGUUGAGGAGAACCAAGACGUCGUCCUGAAGUGGUUUGAAAGAGAAACUGCUCACCUGGAGUAACAGUAGCAGUCGUACGUAUGGGCUCAGUCAGAUCAGCGGUGCUGUCCGUUUUCAGAGCUGCAAAUGGAUGUUCCUUUAAUGCCAAGUUAAUCAAAUUUCACUAGAAACUAAAUCAUUAAACAGGAUUUAGGAAACUGAAUUUCCCUUCAGGGAUUAAUAAAGUAUUUUUGAAUUGAAUCUGAAUUUAGUUCCUCACCAUAUUGAAUUAUGACUGUGCAGCAUGCACAGACUAUAAGAAUGUGCUAGUGUUUACUAAUGUGCACUAUUUAUACUGAAUUUUCAAGUUUUACAUUUGCAAAAUGUAAAGUUUUUACUCCUGUUUGUGAAUUUUGCACAUGCUGCUCAUGUGGCAUCAAUCUGUUAUAAAUCUGGGGUUUCAAAUGAAAAGAAAAACAUAAACAUAAAGGGCUCAUAAUAAAAGUUUGCUUGGACUGAACGUCCAUCAGAUCUGUUGCUCUAGCAAUAAACAGAUUCAAAUUAACUUUCAGUUCAACGGUUAAAAUCCAGCAGGGAUUUGUUUUUACUGUCAAUUUCCAGAUGCACUUCUUAACAUUUGCAAAUUUCUGUGUGUAUUUUAUAUGAUUUAAUCAAAGAAUAUAGUCAUUUUUGUCCCUGAAAUUAUUUUUUUUAAAUAAUAAAACAACAAUAAAAUCCUA